AAAAAGAUGGUUUCACUAUUUGGUAACACUGUCUCUAAUAUCGAACAAACAGUUUACAUUUUUAUUUAACAACCACGACGGUGGACUUUAGCUAAACGUUAAACUAAAUUAUAGGAAGAAAUGUCGCAGGAGGUUGAGGAAACGCUUAAAAGAAUUCAGAGCCACAAAGGUGUUGUUGGUACAAUUGUGGUCAACAAUGAAGGCAUUCCGGUAAAAUCCACGCUGGACAAUACGACGACCGUUCAGUACGCGGGUUUAAUGAGUCAGCUGGCGGACAAAGCCAGAAGUGUGGUAAGAGACCUGGACCCUUCGAACGACAUGACAUUCCUGCGGGUGCGAUCCAAGAAGCACGAGAUCAUGGUGGCGCCUGACAAGGACUUCAUUCUGAUCGUCAUCCAGAACCCAACCGAUUAAAAGGCCUGGAGCUUGUCACCCUUUGCUGAAAAUUAUCUACUGCACUUUUAUACAUAUGUGUUAAAAUUGUCCGCAAGCGAAAGAGAGUUAAACUAUAACGAAAUUGUAUUUGAAAUAAAAUUAUUUAUGCAAAAUA